UCGAUAUUUUUCCGAAAUCCCUAAAUUCACCCAAGGUUGUGAUUCGCGUGCUUAAUCGAAACAAAAAAUAUGCAUAACAAUCCCUUUAGGCAAAAGCCCGGAUCGUGUUCUAAGUACAAAGAACGAUCAUCUGGAGGAAAAUGGAAAACAGGUAGUUCGAACAACAAUUACGCAUUCAGUAAAAAAGAAAGAGAAUGGGGCAAGACCAAGUUUACACCAGUUGUUCGCAUUCAAGCGGCGACUCCGUGGGCGACUUUCAAAAACGAAAUAAUUCAAAAGCAACACGAAGAAACUAAGGCUUCCAAAAAUCUCAACAUGGAAAGUGAAGAAGCUAAACAGUUUUUGAAGAAACGGGAAGAAAAUUUUCGGCGUUUGCAGAUGAUUGAAGCCAAGAAAGAGGAUGUCUUAUGGGAGGAUUUUAGUGAACCUGUUCGGUGUAGAGAAAACGGUAAUCAAACGAAGAAAAGCGAAAAAUUUUGUAGUGAAAGAAGUCAACCAAAUAUAAAAAUGCCAUCUAAACCCAAUCGUUCUAAGAAACCAGUUCCGUUAGUGGACAACAGCUUGCUAAGAAACUUUGACAGCAAGAAACUCUCUUUUAAACAGAAUAAUACCUUACGCAGAGUUAUCACAAAAACUACAAAUUUUGCAAGAGGAAGUACGCUUGAAGCAGUAGUCAAAGACUUGAAAAGAUGUGGAGUUAAACGAAAACAACCAAAAAGAGAUUAGAUCUUAAUGUAUACAUAAGAACCCAAUAAACUAUUUUUAAUUGAAAACUUCAAA